AUGUUGCUCUACAAAGGCAGGCAGCCCAUUCAACUAGCUCAUCUCUUAACAAAACCAGCCCACUCUAUCAUCAAUCAGUCCUUUGAUUCAAAAAGACCGGUCGACGGCCGUAGAUUGAUCAAUGGCGAUGGAUUUGGUGUUGGAUGGUAUGAACCUGAAUCUUCCAUUGACGGGUCUGCAGCACCUUGUAUCUUCACGUCUGUGACUCCAGCAUGGAACAAUAUGAACUUGAUCCGUCUAGCGAAUAAGAUCAAGAGUCCUUUAGUCUUUGCUCAUGUGCGCGCUGCGGCUGCUGGUUCGGUCUCUGAGAGCAACUGCCAUCCAUGGCAAUAUGGAAGACUCAUGUUUAUGCACCAUGGCAUGGUUUCCGAUUUCCAUUUGAUCAAGCGACGUUUGCAAGAGUCUCUUUCAGAUGAGAUCUUUCUUAGCGUUAACGGCAACACUGAUUCAGAAUGGGCCUUUGCAGUCUUCUUAAGCCAGCUCCAAUGUCCACGACAAUGUGAACCAUUUGGCCAUGAGACUCUGAAGGAAGCCAUGCUUAACACCAUCCGGAAAUUUAACAUGUGGUUCAAGUCUAUUGAAAAAACAGCGAACAAUGGACUCACGCCCUCAAUGCUGAAUUUUGCGGUGACUGAUGGUGUCUCUGUCGUUUGUACUCGCUAUAUCAAUUCUUCGUCUGCCGCCCUCGAGCCGGAAAGGCUUUAUUUUUCUUCAGGGACUAGAUUCGAAUGCUAUAAGCCAGGGCACUAUAGGAUGGUCAAGGAAGCAGCCAAAGUAAAGCGAGAGGACAUUGUGAUGAUUGCAUCUGAGCCAUUGACUUUUGAGGAGACUGAUUGGCGCUUGGUCUCAAGAAACACGUUAGUAGUCAUCACUGGAAGGAUGAAUGUAUUGAUGUAUCCAAUUAAGGAUGACUACUACGGAUCCAUCCCUGUUGCAGCAGUCGACUCUAUCACUAUCACUUUCGCCUUUACCUUCGUCGCCGACUUUGCAUCAGCCGACCUUAUCCAUAGCCCCAAUCGCCAGCAUGCAAUAUCUAGACUAUGA